CGCUAUGUCAUCGUUCAUCCACUCCAUCCGCUCGUCAUUUAGCAUCAGCAGAAACAAAUCAUCCCCGCCAUCCAACGACAAGGCCACCAUGCCUCCUCCUCAAACAACGCUCAAGCGCGUGCUUGUUACGGGUGGCGCUGGUUACAUAGGUUCUCACAUCAUAUACUCUCUCCAAGAAACCCGCCGCUUCAAGGUCAUUUCCAUCGACAACCAUCACAAUUCCCAUCCCAAAGCCCUCGACCGUGUCGCCCACAUCGCGCGCGACGCUCUACCCGCGAACGCGACAUCGGAAGAGCGCGAGAGCGCAGAGAUUGAUGCGCACACGGCAGAUCUUACCAAGCCUGAAGAAGUCCGUGCCGUCUUCGAGAAAUAUGGCAAGGGUGGAAUCUGGGGAGUGAUCCACGUAGCCGCUUACAAAGCCGUAGGAGAAUCUACUGAGAUUCCGCUCACCUACUACCAGAACAACGUUGCUGCCACCAUCUCCCUCCUCCAGAUAAUGUCUGAGUUCGACUGCACUCGCAUGGUCUACUCCUCAUCGGCGACCGUUUACGGCACUCCACCCAGCAUCCCCAUCCCCGAGACGACACGGCUGAAGGCAGACAGUCCCUAUGGCCGGAGUAAGGUCAUGAGCGAAACUGUUCUGGACGACCUUUGUCAUGCCGAACCUCAGAGGUGGAAAGCCAUCUCUUUGCGAUACUUCAACCCUGCUGGAGCGCACCCUUCGGGUCUCAUUGGCGAAGAUCCCAGAGGCCGGCCUGGUAACCUCUUGCCACUGUUGGCUCAAAUGGCCGUCGGCCGUGUCAAGGAUCCCGUCCUCAAGGUCUUUGGCAACGAUUAUCCUACUCCGGACGGUACCUGCGUCCGAGACUACAUUCAUAUUCUCGACCUCGCGAAGGGCCACCUUCUCGCCCUCGAUGCCCUAUCAGACAACUCGACUGUGUUCGAUAACUGUCCGGACGAGGCUCGCUACAAAGCGUACAACCUGGGAAAGGGACGUGGAAUGUCUGUCUUGCAGAUUGUCGAGGCCAUGCGGAAGGCAAGUGGCUUCGACUACAAGACGGAGAUCACGGGCAGGAGAAAAGGAGACGUCCCCGAUCUCACCGCCGAUCCCGCACUGGCUGAGAAGGAACUCGGCUUUCACGCAGACGCGGAUUUGGAGACAAUGUGCCGCGAUCUCUGGAACUGGCAGACGAAGAACCCGCAAGGAUAUGAUACUCCGGCCAAGGAUUGAAUUUAUUUAGAUUCAAUACUCCCAGGAGCAUGGGCCAGCGAUAAGAGCAUAAUCAGCGGUUCGUGUUAUGACCGAUGAUUCACGGAACGACCUUUCGCAUUGUGUACACAUAAACGUAAUACCAGCCAUUUGACCGUGCAUAUGCCAAUGCCAAGGGGUAUCUAGUCACGAACAUUCUCGUACAUAUACGGUAGGUAGGUAGGUAUACGGGAUGUCGUGCGAUCAAAAAAAACUUGCACCUCGGUUCAAACGCGAUCACGGUAAAUUGGUUUGGCCGUCAAAGAUAACAUUCAACCAAGCCGCAAGGCGAUAGCCCUGCUUGGCCAGCUGAAGGUCGAUAAUGGGCAGAGCGCCUGAGUAAUAAGACCCGGUGCAAAGGUCCUGUCCACUUGUAUAAUUGAAGACGUAGGUGCAGUCAUAUUCGUUUGCAUCUUGCGCCCAGAUAAGUGGACAAGCAAGUGGCUUUAUUGCACGGGAGUUAACUGUGGCAUGGAUCUCGUCCUCAAGAGUGAAGGCCCGCGUCGAAGUCACAGGCUCGGUAAUAGAGGAGCAGUUGAUCCAAGACGAAGCCAGUGACUUGUACUUCCCGCUCCUGAUGCGGGUAACUAAUGUGGAUGCGUAUUUCGUCACAUCGCUCUCAUACUUCGCGUCAAUGUUCUUCGUCAAGAUACCGGUGUCCCAGACAGAAUGCAAGUUAUCCGAUGACUCGCCAGAGCACUUGGCGUCAAUGUCAUUGCCACCAACCUUAUAUGCCUCCACGUGUAACGGUUGGCCAAUGUCUCCGAGGAAGUGAUCAAGGAACUUCAAUGCCUCUUGCCUCUGCUUGGCACUGAGGCUGGUUU